AUGGAGUAUUUCGAUUUCGAGGGCGCCUCGUCUGCCCAUGGCUCUAAUCAAUUAGACGACGAUGUUGCUUCGAUUGAUAUUGAACUCGACGAACCCGAAGAACAGGCAGCAAAUUUCAACUCGAUGGUUCAUGAUCGGCCAUUGGAGUUCUCCAAUGACCCGGUACCGGAGCAGUCCGAAGUGAAUGUCGGACAAGCCAUUGACCCUGUCGACCGGGCUCAGGAGCCGUGCGACUUCUGCCGACGAAUGGGAUUGGAUUGUUUUGUUGCAAAGCGCGGUAUAAUGAACUAUGGUUGUACAUGCUGUAUCUCUCUUUGGCGUGAAUGCAGUUUCACUCACGCCAAAACGCCGGGCAAGUUCCUCCAGACAUUACAUAGCGUGUCAGAGAAUGCCUAUGUUCCUACAGGCAGCUUGACCGGAAGGAAAGCCCUCAAAUCAGUCUCAUACAAUACACAUUCCAAUGACCCAGAUGCACGCUCUCAGAAAACUGGUGCUCGGUUCUCGCGCAAGGCAAUCAGCAUCCUGAAGGGCUGGCUGAGAGAUCACGACGAGAACCCGUAUCCUACCGAGCAAGAGAGGGAUGACCUGAAACAACACACUGAUCUGACUCGGACGCAAAUCGCCAAUUGGCUCGCCAAUGCCAGGCGACGCGGCAAAGUUCGUGCGUCGCCUGGGAGCAGUUCUCCUGUUCCAGGAGCUGUGGACAUCCCCAUGAAGCAAUCCGUCAACGUAUCCCUCAUGACUCCCCUUGAACGUUGGAAGUACUCUCCCCCCGAAAACGAACCGGCUACGAUCAGCGAUAUUACCCGUGCCCUGGCCAAUCCCCCAUUCGAUCCCUCCCGUCCACGCCAGGCUCCAUCGAGUCACGUGAGGGCCCGUUCUAGUAACAAUGAGUCAAGCCAUGCUAGCUCUGAACAUAAACUGUGCGCUGCCUCCGCCAGUAGUUUUGAUUCAUCCAUUUCUGAUCUCUCUUUUGCUUCUGCAUUCUCCCAUCGAUCUUCUCUUUCCUUUGGGUCAAUGGACCGGAAAGACCGUCGCCGCCGCCGCAAGGCCUCGGUGCCUGUCAAUACUCUGGCCCAUUCAAAGGCCAAAGCUGCUCGUCCUUUCCAGUGUACCUUUUGUACCGACUCCUUCCCUGCUAAGUAUGACUGGCAGCGGCACGAGAAGUCCAUACAUCUUAUCUUGGACAAAUGGACAUGCUCCCCUCACGGCGGUGCAAUUGAACAGGACGGUAUACCUGUUUGUGUCUUUUGCUUGGCAGCUAAUCCAGACGAUGAACACCUUGAAACUCACAGUUUCGUCACCUGCCAAGAGAAGACAGUGCAAGAGAGGACAUUUUACCGCAAGGAUCAUCUCAACCAACACCUCCGCUUGAUGCACAAUGCCAAGUUCCAACCCUGCAUGGAGAAAUGGCAAAGCAGCAUUACAGAUAUCAACUCCCGCUGUGGAUUCUGUGGUUCCCUCUUCCACACAUGGAAAGAUCGAGUAGACCAUUUGGCCGGUCAUUUCAAACAUGGAGCUAGCAUGGCUCAAUGGCAAGGGGACUGGGGCUUUGACCCACAGAUCCAAGCUCGCGUCGAAAACGCCAUUCCGCCGUACAUGAUUGACUACGAAUGGCGGUCUCCUGAUCCCUGGGGCACUGAGCAUGCUAAAGGGGAUGGUAGCACACUUAUGCUUCCCGUUCCUACGGAUAUCAAUUGUUACCAUCGGCUUUCUCGCGCACUCACUGCAUACAUAAAUGACCAAAAGGCACAAGGUCAUGUUCCGUCAGAUCAGAUGAUACAAGCGGAAGCUCGUCGCGUCAUCUAUGGAUGUGACGAUCCCUGGAACCAGACCUGCGCAGAUAAUAUUGUUUGGCUGGGUGUCCUAAAGCGUGACUGUGGAUUGGAGACUCCUGUGAACAACGACAGCAUCCAAUUUGCCGAUCUAGGCAUGCAGCCUCCAUUCGCUAUCAAUGGCGGCCUCCGAGCUCCACCCCGGGAGAUCAAUAUGCUAGCGCGAACAGUAUGCCAAGGGGCCGCCAUCCACAGCCCGGCAGUCUCUAGCCCUAGUCUUCGCAGCCACGGCUUUCCUGGCACUGGCUUUUCUUCUGCUGGGCCCAGCCGACCGGGGAGUAUAUCAGGCAGUUACGCUGGUAGUGCAGGGAUGAUGUCAGCUGGUCCUGAUCCAUCCUUCUCCACGGAUUGGGCUAGUAGUCUUCCAACCACUGCGUCUGUGCUGGGAGAAAGCACAGCUGACCCUUUGGUACAAAUGGGAUUUGACCCAGAAUUCCUACAACGACUGAACGACAGCUACAGUGAAAUCAAUCCUGAUGGUUUGGAAGGCUUGCAUCUAGAUGGCGCCGAUGGUCAAAAAAUUUCCGAAGAACAAGGAUGGUCAACGAAAGGCUCACUUGGUCAGCCCAUCUCCCCGUCUCGUGGGAGUGAGUUGUCUGCUUCAAACCCGGUUGCUAUUUUCAAUUCCAAAGCGGGCCACCCUCCUGCAUCGAAUGACACCCAUGAUGACAUGCCAGGCUACUUUGUCGAUGGCAACUAUUAA